ACAGACAUAUCUCAACGAAUAUCGGUUUAUUGUCUCAUCAGUACUGUACAGUGAGUGUUGCAAGAGACAUCCAAGAAUUUAUUUUCAUUACACAACCACCAUAGAAGUGGCACGAAAGCUGACGUAAGCUUCUCAACGGAGUUGGAGAAAGAAGAAAGAAUAAUGUUUUUCAAAAUGAUACUGAUUUAUUUUGUGCUGACAGCAGGGCUACCAGAUGUCAGAGCAAUCCCGGCUUCACUGAACAAAGAACAUCUAGACUCUACAACAGAUUCAGGACAUACAAAUAUCUCUGUAUCCUUUUCUUCAGCAUUUGUACCAUCUUCACCUAGUAUAAGCCUAGCCACAACUAAAAUAUCUAUAGAACCCACACCAGUACCUACACUAAUCCCAACCACAAGCAGCACAAUUACAAAAUCCACAAUGAUUGUACCAUCUACACCAAGUCCAACUACAAGCAGCACAGUUACAAAAUCCACAAUGAUUGUACCAUCUACACCAAGUCCAGCUACAAGCAGCACAGUUACAAAAUCCACAACGACUGUACCAUCUACACCAAGUCCAACCACAAGCAGCACAGUUACAAAAUCCACAAUGAUUGUACCAUCUACACCAAUCCCAACCACAAGCAGCACAGUUACAAAAUCCACAAUGAUUGUACCAUCUACACCAAGUCCAACUACAAGCAGCACAGUUACAAAAUCCACAACGACUGUACCAUCUACACCAAGUCCAACCACAAGCAGCACAGUUACAAAAUCCACAAUGAUUGUACCAUCUACACCAAGUCCAACCACAAGCAGCACAGUUACAAAAUCCACAAUGAUUGUACCAUCUACACCAAGUCCAGCUACAGGCAGCACAGUUACAAAAUCCACAAUGAUUGUACCAUCUACACCAAUCCCAACCACAAGCAGCACAGUUACAAAAUCCACAACGACUGUACCAUCUACACCAAGUCCAACUGCAUCUAAUGUAUCUACAAAUGCCACAGUGACAAAAACAACAACAUAUACAGCUACAGAAUCAACAGUGGUGAGCGCAUCUUCAUCUUCUAGCACAGCCAUUGCCAUACCUACAGACAAUACUUCUGUUUCCACCGACGCUGGAACUGUGGUCACCAGUUCUGUUACAACAACUUUGUCAAAGACUGAGAUAACAUCAGAAAGCAGCUCAACUACCAAUUCGUCUUUCACUCAUCUAACAACCAUGAAAACCUCUACUGCAGUUAUAAACCCAACGAUGACAGCAACAAACAUGGGAUCAACGGUACCCAUAUCCACAACUCCUACAACAGCUGUGGUGACAACAUCAACCAUUCAUACAUCUGCUGCUGACAGUACUGUAACAUCACAUAAAGUAGAUGAAAAAAUCCCAAUUAACGCUCUCAGUUCAGGAAGUGUGAUAGCCACUGUCAUUGCAGUUAUUGCAAUUGUGCUGUUAGUGUUUGGAGCAGCCUAUUACCUAAAGAUGAGACGCUCCUCAUAUGGAAGGCUUUACGAUGACUACUACGGAUCAGUGGGAAACUUCAACAAUCCCCUCUAUGAUAACUCAUAAUGGAGUCAAGGCACUCAAAGACUUAACUGCAAGCUGGUGGAUAGAAAAGCAGAUGAACAAACAACCACAUGGGCUGCCAAACCUAAACCUUUUUUAUAUUGUGAUUAUUUCAUUCAGAUGGAAUCAAACUAUAUACAUAGAACACUUGUCUUCUGUUUUUUCUUUACUGUGAAUACAAAAUGAAGCCAGUUGUAUUCACUUUUAAAUACAAUACAGUAUUUUCAACAAUAUGCUACAAUAAUAUCCAUAGUGUCCAAUCACACAUAAGUAAGGUAAAUAACAGAUAACAAGUUUGGUAAAUGUAUAGUAUUUGCAUGCAGAAAAGGAUGAACAAUUGCAGUGUCAGCGUUUAUACAGAGUGCCUGUGAAGGUUAAGUGUAAUUUCUGUGACAAGAAAACUAGCAUAAUUUAUUCUUGGAUCAAGAUGCCUUUUAUUCUGUAUUUAUUUGAACUUAAUUAUAAACUGUUGCCAAUAAAUAUUGCUUUAGUUC